AUGGCGCCGGAGGAGGAUGCUGACCUGGGGGCGCAGCCCGUGGUCCCCGCAGCCCCCGCCGGUGGGAAGAAGAGCCGGAAAAAAAGGAAGGAGAAGCCGGAGGCCGGAGACGAUGCCCAGGAGCGGGGGAACGAAGCGGCGGCGGAGACAGAGGGGCUGAUGCGAGCUGGGGGGCGGGCGCUGGCGCUGGGCGACGCGCGGGGGGCCGUGGGGUGCUUCAGGCGGGCGCUUCUCCCGGUGGGGGGCACGGCCAGCCCCCGGCUCCGCAGGGCUUGUGCCUUCAGCCUGGGGGCCGCCUACGUGGAGACCGGGAAGCCCGAAAAGGGCCUGGAGUUCCUCCUGCAGUCCCAGCCCUCGGAGGGCCACGGCGGGGAGCGCUGGGGGGACCUUUAUUUCAACGCCGGAGCGGCUGACGAAGGGCUGCGGGAUUUUCCGAAGGCUCCGGAAUGUUUUGGACGCGGCUGGGAGGCGGGGGCCGGCGGCCGAGCGGGGACGCGGGUGCGGAUGGGCUGCUGCUACCUGGGGAUGCGGGAGCCGGCGCGAGCAGCGCGAUGCUUCCUGGAGGCCGCGCGGGGCUACGCGGCGGCGGCCAGCCCCGAGGCCGCCGCCGUGGCCCUCAGCAGGGCCAGCACCUCCAUGCUGCAGAGCCGACGCUUCGGGGCGGCGGAGAUCGCGGGGGUUCUCGCUCAGUGCCGCUCGCUCUGCGAGAGCGUCCCCGACCCGGCCCUGCGAGGGAAGCUCUACAACGCCAUCGGCCUGGGCUACUCCCAGCUCCGCAUCUUCUCCCCGGCGGCUGAGAGCUUCCAGCGGGCCCUGGCGCUCUGCGGCGGCGAGCGGGACCGGCGCGGGGAGGCCGCGGCCCUGCAGAACCUGGGUGCUGCCCACAACGCCCUGCGCAGCUUCGGCACGGCCCUGGGCUGGCACCGGCGAGCGGUGGCACUGCACAGUGCUCUCGGGAACCGGCGGGCGCAGGGAGAGUGCUUCGGGAACCUGGCGUACGCCUGCGGCCGGCUCGGGAUGCACCAGGCUGCCGCCGAGAACUACCUCCAUGCCCUGCAAGCCUUCCGGGAGGCGGGGGACGUGCAGGGGCAGUGGCAGGCGUGCGAGGGGCUGGGAGCAGCCUGCUUCCACCUGGGAGACCCCCAGAAAGCCAUCGGGCACUACCAGGAGGCCCUGACGUUGCUGUCCCACUGCCGGGACACCCCCCGAGCUGCCCGCCAGCGGGUCGUCCGCAAGCUGACGGAGGCCAUCCAGCAGCAGCUCUGCCUCCACGGCCACGGGGGUGGCUGGGCGCCCGCCCCGGCCCCGGUGAGCAUCACCCCGGCGGCAGACCGAGGGGUUGGUCCUUCGGGGGGAACCCCCAGCCCGGGGACGAGCUGUACGGGCCUGCACCGGCACCACGUCCUGGCCGUUCAGGCACAGCAGCCGCCCCGGCUGACGGCCCCGCACCGCAGCCCCGCGACCCACGCGGCCGCCUGGACGUCUCUGGGGAGGAUGAGGAUGGUCCCAGGGCGGCUCCAGGGUCUCGCAGUCAGCCCCGCGCUAACGGGAGCAGCGGAUGGAGUGCAGCGAGUGGCAUCGCCCUCGGGGGCUUCUCGUGGGUGA